AGUUUCUGCGGUGAAUGUUUAAAAAUCGAAGGAAGCGUAUACAAAAUUCAGCCAAUUGAAUCUCAAGAUUGACAUGACGUCAUAAGAAUGACUGCAGUUACAGCAAGCAAUCAUUUCCUCGGAAGUUGAAGGGCCUGUAAAAAUUAUUCGCGUUUGUGUGAGGGGUUCUUGUUGGCGAUUUUUGUUGAGUUUUGGGUAUAAUACCCGGUCAAAAUGCUUGUGGAUACUCUUUAUUAAAGUGAUUAAGUCCCAUACUUCAGUUUUAUCAUUGAAUUCGAGAGUUGAACUGUAGUUUUCACACUUUGCUUGUGGGUGUUAUAUUUUGUCAUUAGUGUAUUAAAUUCAUCUGCUCGGUAAGCCAGCUCGGCCCCGUCCGGCCGGCCCCGCCCCAGCCAUGAACGGUCUCAGUCUGACCGAGCUGUGCUGCCUGUUCUGCUGUCCACCGUGCCCGUCACGGAUCGCCGGAAAGCUGGCGUUCCUGCCGCCCGAGGCCACCUACAGUCUGAUGGCCGACGAGACGGGCGACAAGCACAACAUCAUCCUCACAGAGCGAGCCGACUGGCUCUACACAGACAAGGAGAAGGAGGCCAUGGAGGCGUUCUACACGCGCACCAGCAAGGGCAACCGCAUCGCCUGCAUGUACAUUAAGUGCUGCCCCAACGCCAAGUACACAGUGCUGUUCUCACACGGGAACGCCGUGGACCUGGGUCAGAUGAGCAGUUUCUACCUGGGGCUGGGCUCGCGCAUCAACUGCAACGUGUUCAGCUACGACUACUCGGGAUACGGUGACGGCACCGGCCGGCCGUCCGAGAAGAACCUGUACGCCGACAUCGAGGCGGCGUGGCUGGCGCUGCACAGUCGGUACGGCGUGCCGCCCGAGUCUGUGAUCCUCUACGGUCAGAGCAUCGGUACGGUGCCCACCGUCGACCUGGCGUCGCGACACGAGUUCGGCGGCGUGGUGCUCCACUCGCCGCUCAUGUCCGGCAUGCGCGUGGCGUUCAAGACGCAGCGCACCUGGUUCUUCGACGCCUUCCCCAAUAUCGACAAGGCGCCGAAGAUCAAGUCUCCGGUGCUGGUGAUUCACGGCACGGAGGAUGAGGUGAUCGACUUUUCACACGGCCUGGCCAUCCACGCCAAGUGUCCGCGCGCCGUCGAGCCGCUCUGGGUCGAGGGGGCCGGCCACAAUGAUAUCGAGGUACACGGCCAGUACCUGGAGCGGCUGAAGAAGUUUGUGUCCGACGACCUGCCCAACUGACGCUCAGUGCCGGCGCACGUCGGCCGGCAACCAGUGCCGCCCGGUGCGCCGGAACAGCCGCCGACAGAGCUCUCGGCCGUAAGGGAGCAGCCGCAGGGUGUAGCACGUGUGUACGGCGCCUGCUGAGUGUGCCCGAGACCCUGCUUGCGCGCGCGCCGCGCGGCGGCCGACCGACCAAGCCGGACUGGGUCCGGCGCUGCCGCUAGCGGGCGUAGUGGCAGUCUUUCUAUGUCCGGGGUGCUUGUUCGGCCCGUGGGAAAAGACACCGAGGGAUGUCGACCAGCCCUUGGGAGAUGCGUAGAUUGCUCUGAAUGGGAGUCUCUUCGGGAUCAGCUGUUGGUGGGAAAGCAGACUUGAGAAAUUGUUAUUCUCUUCUGUAAUGUAUCUUUCUUUUUCGUAGAUUAUUUCAUGUUUGCAUGACUGAAUUGGGUCUGCUUCCUCUAGCACUUAUUUAUUGGAGAUCGCGACUGCAUGAGAUACUUUGCUGAACUGUCUCCAUAUUUGCUGUAUCCACAGCGUAGACGAAUGCUUAGUUUUAUGUCAACUUGAUCUACAGAAUAUCUGCAAUCUAUCUACCAUAGGUUGCGUUGUUGACUCCCUUCGAUCUUUUGUCACGUGCCUAGCAGCCACCCCUUCGUAAUUCCUCGUUGUACUGGCUGGGGUGUGCCUGAUGUAGCCUAUUUACUGUCCUGGUGCGUCGGACCAUUCUCCCUUUCGGUGUGGUCGUUGCAUGCGGCACGUGCCUGGUUGGGUCAUGAUUCCGUCCCGCGAGCGGGGACCGCUGUGGGGAGUCGGUGUGCUCGGGGCCGCCGGGACGGCCACUGUUCCGGAGCCGGGCUGGGUGCUGCAGAGCCGCAGGGGCGCAGCCGCCGCUGUGUGUACAUACGAUGCCGAGCUGUGUGUGAGAGGGAGCGGCGCCGCGAGUGUGGGUCCGACUGCGUGUCUCGGUGCCUUUGGCGGCCGGCGGGCGCGCGCGCUGACCCGGCUGCCGCCUGUUGCAGGCCGAGCGGCCGGCAGCGCUGGCCGCCACCGCCGCCGCCUCACUCUGUGACCUCCGCCUGGGCAGUCCCAGCGACGGCGGCUGGAUGGGCGAGAAGCUGCUCUGAGCGGCCGGCCGGCCUCAAGACUUGCACCAGUACAAUCGCGCGCCGAGCGAGCCGGACGUCCGACACGGCCGACCGGCCUCGGCUCCUCUGCACACGCGUGUUAUCACUUUCCAUUGGCUGUAUACGGGGUGCCAGGGCGACCCGGGACGCCGCCGGCCGGGACACAGCUGAUCUCAGCCGAGGGCCCGCCGCCGCGGCCGGCCGCCGGGCCGCGCUGGUGGCGGGCCGGCCGGACGCCGUGUGACUGUGUGCCGAGCAGCGCGAGUGUGUCUGAGAGAGAGAGAAAGAUCAGUGAGAUAGCCCUAUCGAAUCUGGUCACCGAUCAUCGUAUUUUGAAACUGUGUCUUUAUACCUCGUAGAACCAGUCUGUUGUGUACUCUAAGUUAGCGCGGUGCGUCGUUUGGACCUUGUUUUGCCUUGGCCCCCGGUGGGCGGUCACGCCGGGUGCCCGCCGGUCCCGGGCGCUCUCCUAAUUGCCUUGAGGUCUGUGUAAGUAUACGCGGCGUGCUUCUUGUUCGAGCCGGGACCCGGGGCUGGUCUGUACAAUGUUCAGUGCAGGCAACGGGCCGGCGCACCCAAGUGUUCCGGCGCUGAUCCUGAAUCGUUGUGACUUUUUCAUUGGCCAAGAAUUCCGAAAUUGCCGGCCAACUUUUCUUUUCUCAUCCCACUUUGAUUGCAUGGUUUGCCGCCCACCUGCUCGUCAAAGCCCGAAUAUCCACUGACCGAUUUGCCUGAAUGCAUACAAUACAAUCGUAACUGUCUGGUUUC